AUGGCUAUACUCCGCCAAUCGUCGCGUCGAGAUCGUCGCCAGCCACCAGUUGCAGCUACUAACGCCUGCGCUCAGCGUGUGGACCAACGACCAACGACGACAGAGGAUACGCCAUGGAAUCGGAUUUUCCGGCUUCUGAAUAACUGGCCAAUGCACGCCGUCAGCGUCGUCGCUCAUCGUCUCAUGGUAGCCCCCAGAGACGCUGCUCAGCCCGCUCCAGGCACCGGCUUCAACCCAGAGAAAACCAACACACCUCUUCAAGGACAUGUCGCGUUCUUCGACAGAGAUGGGGACGGGAUUAUCUGGCCAUGGGAUACAGACAUCAAGUUUGGCGUUGCCCUUUCCCUCUUGGCGAUGUGCAUUGUGCACUUUGGGUUCUCGUAUAUGACUAUGGGAAGCUGGAUACCCGACCCCAUUCUUCCGUCUGAAGAUCAAGCAAAACACGGGUCUGACUCGGAGGUCUACACUGGGAUCGGAGAAUACGACGACAACCGUUUCAACUAUAUGUUCGACAUGUAUACUCAGCCGCCCCACGCCUAUAUGACCUUUCCCGAGGCAAUGUACAUGGUUCGGGCGAAUAUGAACCCUUGGGAUUUUUUCGGGUGGUUUGCCGCUAUAUUCGAAUGGACCGCAACAUACAUCAUGCUUUGGCCAGCAGACGGAAAGAUGGGAAGAGAAGAUAUCAAAGGCGUGUAUAAUGGCUCCAUCUUCUACAUGAUCUCUGGCCGUAAACCGAUGGGAAAAGUCGUCUAA